CGAAGAAGAAGAGAAGCCGCUGCAGCUGAAGAUGAUGAAGAGUAAAGCCGAUGAGGAAGACUACUGGAACAGCUCCAAGUUUAAAGCGUUCACCUUUGACGAUGAAGACGACGAGUACAGCAGGUUAAAAGAGUCGAAGCAGGCAGUGAACAGCAUUCGCAGACUUGUGGAGGAAGACGACGAUGAAGAUGAUGUGGAGAGGGUCAGCUGGAGCGGAGAACCCGUCGGGAGUAUUUCCUGGUCAGUCAGAGAGACAGCAGCGUCCAAUCAGAGGACAGACAGAGAACCCGCCUUCCCCAAAAUCAACACUGACACCCCGACCAUCAGCAAGAGUCAUUCAGGAUACUCCCUGAGCUCUCUGUUUAAAGCAGGAAAAACUAGAGGAGGAAACUUCCAGACCUUCACUGACCCGCUCAGCGACACGUCUGUCAGGCUUUACGCUCCAGAGCUCCGAAAACCCAAAUCUGAAUACAAGGAUUUCGUCAGUGACUGGUCGCCUGAGGAGACGGUUCACAGAAUGCAGCAGGGAAAGGCUGUUUCUCUGGAGAAGUUUCGGUCUCUGCAGGACAAACUUUUGCUGCUGGAUUUCGGCGUCAGCGCUCAUGAUGGAAAUGUCAUCACUGCUGUGUUGAUUUAUUUGAAGAGGACUCUGAGUAAAGAGGUUUUGUUUCGGGAGCUGGAGUCCAGACAGACGGCUCUGAGACAUUUCAUCCACUACCUGACUGAAACCAGAGACCAGAGGCUGCUGCUGGAGCUGCUCAGAGCUCUGGGCAGGACGGAGGACGUGGCGCUGCUGCAGUAUAAAGAACACCUGAGCAUCGCAGAUGAAAACAAGAGGAGGGACUUCCUGAAGAGCUGCCUCAGCCUUCCAUUUUCUCCAGAGGACUCAGCUCAUGUUCAGGACCACUACACUCUUAUGGAGAGACAGAUCAUUAUCGAGGCAACAGACCGGCAGGCUGAGCGUGGCGGGAAGGUGGAAGUCUUCCAGAAGUUUCCCAGAAGAGCUUCGAUCCUCAACAUGCCGCUCAUCACCACACUGUACUACUGCUGCUUUUACCACUACACUGAAUCUGAGGGAACUUACAGCAGUCCACUGAACAUCCGUCACACCUUCAGGAUUUCAGAGAAGCAGUACUUUGUGACAGCAUUAGCAGCGAGGGCAAAGCUAAAGGCGUGGUUGGACCUGGACGCUCUGUUCACCAGCAGGAACUGGCUCGGCUUCACCAGGAAGAAGUCACCACUCAGCUUCCAUCGAGUCGUCGACAUCCUGCAGAAAAACUCCGCCCCCACUCAGGUGCUGCAGGAGUACGUUGGGCUGAUCGAUGAUGCCGACCUCAGGAUCAGUCUGGCUCAGAAACAUAAAUGUCAUGACAUCGUCAUCAACACGUACCGGGACCUGAAGGACCGGCAGCUGUUGCUAGGAUACCGGGGGAAGGUGGAGAGAGGAUCAGCAGAGGAGAGGAAGAUCAACGAACUCCUGGACAACCCGCAAAUCCGCUGGAAGAACUGACGCUGCAGGACGAAGCCUCAAUGACAGACUUUUAUUGUGAAAAACUGUGACAACUUCCUGCAUUAAGAGCCGGUGAAGGUCGUCCAUCACCGUGACAACAGGAAUGUCCAAUCAGCUUGCAUCUGCUUCACCAGAGAGAAGAACUGCUUUAACUCCGCCCCCUCAGCAGAGCGGGUGGAGCUUAUUCGUCUGUUGAGUCAUCGUCGAAUCGUCGGCGUCGGCGUCGUCAUGGAAACAUUCCUUAAACAAAACAAACUUUUAUAAAA